AUGAGUAACUCUUCUACCGAAGCACCUGAUAUUCAUGGUCAGGAAGCCGAUAAAGAUGGAACGCCUCCCGACUUACCGGCCCAUAAUCUUCACGCCUUUCCGGAGGGAGGCACGGAUGCCUGGCUGACCGUUGCAGGUGCUUCAGCAUCUCUUUUUGUUUCCUUUGGUUGGAUCAAUUCUAUUGGUCUCUUUCAAGAGUUUUUUCAGGAUGAUUUACUUCCUGAGUACACACCGUCUGAGAUUGCAUGGAUCCCCUCUUUAAUGUUACUUUUCAUGUUCAUCGGUGGCAUUUUUAUCGGGAAAGUUUUUGAUGACGAUGGUCCCCGAUACUUGCUUGCCUUUGGCACGUUUCUUCACGUUUUAGGUCUCAUGCUUACCAGCGUAUCGUCUCAAUAUGUUCAAAUUAUUCUAUGUCAGGGCGUUGUUUCUGCUCUAGGGAGCUCUAUGAUAAUGUUCCCAGCAGUGUCAUGCGUUCAAACAUGGUUCCGUGAGAAGAGAGGACAAGCAAUGGGCCCAGUGAUGGGCUCUUCUUCCCUUGGCGGCAUUAUAUUUCCCUGCAUGGUGACUAGCCUUUUGCCUCAAGUCGGGUUUGGCUGGACGUAUAGGAUAUGUGCCUUCCUGAUAUUGGCGUUGUGUGUCUUUGCCAAUUUUACCAUCAAGUCACGCUUGCCUCCAAACCCAACAAAGUUUCAGAUAAUUAACUAUCUACGUCCCUUCAAAGAACCAACAUUUGUAUUUGUCAGCUUGGGAAUCUUCUUCUUUUGGUGGGGAAUGUUCAUUCCCAUGAACUUUAUCGUUGAGGCUGCUCUGCAGCGAGGUAUUUCGGUGCAUUUAUCUCGGUACCUUGUUGCGAUUCUGAACACUACUGGGGUGCUUGGCCGUGCAGUUCCUGUAGCUUUGGGUGACAAGCUAGGUCAUUUCAAUGUGACAAUAAUCAUGGCUAUCUUCACCACUGUGUUAGUUCUAGCUCUUCUAAUGCCAACAACCGGGCAGGCUUCGAUCUUAGCUUUCACUGCUUUGUUUGGGGUUGGGUCUGGUGGUGUCAUCGGUCUCGCUCCAGUUAUAUGCGCCCAUGUAUCUCCUAUUCGAGAAAUUGGAGCUCGUAUAGGCACUGCCUACUUCUUUGCUUCAUUUGCCGCUCUGACUGGCUCUCCCAUCGGAGGCCAGAUCGUUGUUGACAGAAAGGGGAAAUACUUCGAUACUUUUCUUUUCGCAGGUGUCUGCUGUGCUAUCGGCACUGUUUCUUUUAUCAUCGCACGCACUACCCAUGCUGGGUUCAAACUCGGCAAAGUUUAA